GGGAACGGGAACCGGAACCGGAACCGGAACGGGAACCGUGACACGGCCGGGAUAAGGAUCCAGGUUUCUGGCGAGGCUGGGGAGAUGACCGCAGCGGAGAAGGUGGAGGAGCGGCUGGCGGGUCUGCGCAUAGCCGGGCGCUGCGCGCCCAGCGAGGAGCCCGCCUACCUGCUGGACGUGGACACCUCCACAGCUGCCCAGCCCGGCGGCGGCCGCCUCGUGGCAGUCUGCUGUUCCAGUCAAUCCAUCAGGCUGUACGACAGGGAGACGCUGCGCUUCCUGCGGGAAUACCGCGCCCGCCCCGGCACCCUCAGCGGGGUCAGGUUUGCCCACGCGUGCGACAGCGUGCUGUUCUCAGCCCUCAGCCGGGGCACGGUGCAGUGCUGGGAUGCUCGCUCGGCCACGCGGAAGCCUGUGCGGGUGUUCAGUGGCUAUCCUUCCAACGUCUUCAUCAGCUUCGACGUCAGCUGCACUGACCUCAUCGUUUGUGCCGGAACGGAAAAAGUGGAGAAGGACGCGUUUCUGGUGUUUUGGGAUGCGAGAGGCGUUACGGACUGUGCCGGUGCCACUAAAGAACCCUUGGGAGUCUAUUCUGAAAGUCACAGUGAUGACAUCACCAAAAUCUGUUUUCAUCCUGUCGAACCCAACUUGCUAGUGUCUGGGUCAACCGAUGGCUUGGUGAACGUGUUUGACAUCAACAAGGAUAAUGAAGAUGAUGCUUUGAUAUCGACUUGCAAUUCAGAUUCCUCAGUGAGUUCUCUUGGCUGGUCUGGGGAGGAUUACAAACAGGUCUAUUGCAUGACACACGACGAGGGGUUCUGCUGGUGGGACAUGGCUCAGCUGGACACUGAAGAACCAAUAACCCUGCUGCACGAUCUGGAUGUCAGACAGUCGGUCUGUGCUGAAAACCACGGCCUGCAUUACCUGGUGGGUGGCUUGUACCACGAAAAGGCAAAGAAACUCUUCCUGAUUGGGGGAACUUCCACGGGAAACAUCCACCUGAUCAGCUGUGGCACCGAUGGCCUGAGCCUGGUGGGGACCCUGUGUGGAGGACACUCUGCCACCGUCCGCUCCUUCUGCUGGAGCCCCACGGAUGAGUCUCUGCUGACGGGUGGAGAAGAUGCUCAGCUGUUGCUAUGGAAACCCGGGGCUGUGGAAAGGUCCCUCACAAAGAAAACGUCUCUGAAGAUCUCUUCUUCUGUGCAGAAGAGAGUGAGAGUUCACAACACCACUCUCAAAAGCAGGAAAAAGUGCAAUGCCUAAAGUGGGAAUCUCUGCUGUGUAGAGCUUUCCUGAUGUUUAAUCUCCCCAGGCAAUACUUGGCUAUGUUUUAUUUGGAGGUCUUCUGUGGAAAGAACUGUGGUGCUUGAAUUCCCCCUGGGAAUGUAUUUCAGUCAUCAGAAGAAUGCCUUUUAUUUUUUUAACUUGCUAAUAUUAAUCAGAAAAGAGUAAAUGCUUGCUCCUGAGUUCUUGAACAACAGAUGCUAAAUCAUAUUAUAUAAACCCAUUUCUGUGGUUAUUUUAAGUCUCAGACAAUGUUUUAAAUGUGUAAUGCAGGCGUGUGGCUUGCGUAAUUUGUUACCUUCCCAAUUAUAUUCUCUGGCAUAUUUUAAAAGCUUUUGUAUUCCAUGCUGUAUUUUGCUUUCUUCAUAGAAAACUUAAUGAAAUCACUCAGUUUAGUAAAAGAUUUUAU